AUUCAUUUGAUUGCGUCAUAUUAGUAUGACUAAAAAGAGAGAAUUUUAAUAUAUAAAAUUAUCAAGAUAACUUCAAAUUUGUACUUUAAACUUAUAAGUUGAAUUAGGAACACUCUUGAGUCAUGCAAUCUUUCCGUCCUAUACAUUUCAUUGAUCAUUAACACUUUAGUAUUCGUUCAGAUGUAGAGACGUUUAGGUUAGAAAUGUACAAUUUUAAAAUGUUUAUGUCGAAAGUUGUUCGUCCAAUUGUUAAUAAAAAUUCUGUCUUUUCUCGUUUAUUAAAAGAAAGACGAAAAUUGUAUUCUUAUUCUACACACAGAGUUACAAAUAAUCCAACAAUUUCAUUAAGUACUUUGCAGUAUUCUAGUGAUAGUCCUUCUAAAUGUUGGAACUGUAAUUUUUUAUACAAAUCUGAAUUAUUUUGUUCGCAAUGCAAGACUCUUCAAGAAAUGCCCGAGAAUUUGAAUUAUUUUGAUAUUCUUGGUGUGAAACUCGACUACAAUGUUAACAAUGAUGAAGUUCAUGAAAAGUACAGACAAUUACAAAAAAUGUUGCAUCCGGAUAAGUUUGGUAACAGAAUGGAGAGAGAACAGCGAAUUUCAGAGUCGUUAUCCUCUUUACUAAACAAAGCUUAUAGUACACUAACAAAUCCAUUGAAAAGAGGCUUAUAUAUGCUACAAUUAAAAGGUAUAUCUAUUCCUGAAGGAACCACUAGCGUAAAUCCUGAAUUUUUGAUGGAAAUAAUGGAAAGGAACGAGGAAGUAGAAUCAGCUUUGAACGAUAAGGAAAAAGUUGUUCGAUUGAUGCAAGAAAACAAAAUCAUACUGAACAAACUAUCUAAGAAAGUAGCUGAUUCUUUUCGUAAUAACAACUUGGAACAAGCAAAAGAAGUUUUGGUCAAAAUGAAGUAUUACGCAAAUAUCGAAAAUAAAUUAAAAAUGCUUAAACAAGAUUUAGGUAUUGUAGAUUAAAUUAAUUAAAUUUACAUGUGGAACAUGUAAUUUACGAUAUAUGUAUAUAUAUACAUACGUAUAUUUAGGAAUUGCGAUGUACAAAUAGAUUAAUUUGUAAAUGAUGUAUGAAAUCAAAUUCAUUUAAUUGAAUUAACUGUGAUCACUGUUACUUAUAUUUCUUGAAUAAUAUAUAUAUACAGUGUCGAUAAA